CAAAACCGAAAGUCCAAGAAAGUGCUGUAGAGAGCAUCCAAAGAAGAAGAGCGAAGAUGAUGAGAGCAACGCCGGUGGGGCGCUGCCAACAUAGUGGAGAGGGUGGCUUUGAAGAGCAAAGCACAUCGGAAAGAAUUUCGUGGGAGGAUCUGGAAAGAGACGCUGCUACUAAUGUCGGUGGUUCAUCUGAGAGACUCUCAGCCAUGACCCUUCUCCAUCAGCAUGGUUCUGCUAAAAGAGGCGAAGAGCUGUCAGGAGAGUUGUACGACAUGCGGAGGCAAGAGCAGAACAGCAUAGCGGCAAGGCUUGACAAAGAACUUCAAUCAAGGUGGGAUCUUGACGAACUUAUUGAGGAACAGCUGAGUAGAUACCACUCCCAUUACAAUCUCACAGUUCCAACAUCCCUAAAAGAUGUGGCGAAUCUCCUGACGCCCACAUGGCUGCCGCAGCAUGAACGGGCUGCAAUGGCGUGGCUCGGAGACUGGCGGCCCUCCUCCAUUCUGGACCUCGUCCGAGUUUUGGCAACUCACCACCCCUCGUUCUCCCUGUCUGAAACGAGCAAACGCAUGCUCUCACAGCUUCUCCGUGAGAUACGAGUAGAGGAGGCUGUGAUCGAUGAGGAGUAUGCGGAGAUUCAGGCCACUUGUGUUCUGCACCUCCCCUUUUCGCCGCUCUGCAAUGUCCGAUCAAAUGGGGAUGCUCUGAGAUCCGUGCAGGAGCUGUUUAGGAAUAUCCAGAGAGUCAUCUCCAAGGCACAACAGCUCAGGUAUAAGGUGUUGGAGCAGGUGAUGAAGAAGCUGCUGAAGCAGACCGAUGCAGCUGAGUUUCUGGUAGCAUUUGCCAGCAUUCAAGACGCAAUCCACCAGUUUGGGGAGCAUCAAAAACUACGGAAGCUGUUUCCAAAUGUUCCCCUCAAGGGAGCACGAGGGUCCAUUUCCAUUUGAUGAGUUAGGGCAAGCACCAUUGGCAGGUUAAAAAAAACCCAACAACACUACUGUUACAUUAGUGCUUUCUAUGAUUCGAUCUUGGAAACACAAUUACUAUGUUUGGUUCAAUUCAUGCCUCUCUGCAUGCUGGGUUCGAAUACAUCAUCACGUUAUAUCUAUGUAUGUCGCAAUUUCACUGUUGCCCAAAUGCAUUGCGGUGGAUAAAGCUUCAUUAUGUGUACCUUUAAAUUUUACGGGAUUUUGUUUCUGGA